ACGGGAUUGCGGACAUUUCUUAGAGAGGAUUGCUUGAAAAUGAUAUAGUUUACGCGUGAAGUGUCAGAAGAAUUGAAAGGGAAUCCGUAUAUAGAUGGAUCUACGCGGUGAUUGAAAGCUAGGAGAUAGGAUAUAUUAUUUUUACUGUCAUGGAAGAAGACAGGAAAUUCGACGUGGCUGUUGUGGGAGGAGGAGUUGUAGGUUGUUCCGUUCUUUACGAGUUCACUUCCCUAGGACUUCGAUGUGUUCUUUGCGAAAAAGAAGAGAAUCUUGUCUGUGGCGCUAGCUCAGGAAACAGUGGAACUCUUCACACGGGAUUUGAUGCGCCGCUCGGUAGUUUAGAGUUACGAUGCCUUCAAUCGGCGCGAGAAUUGAAUGAAAGCUUUUUCUCGAAGCAUAACAUCCCUUACAGGAAAUCUGGAGGCUUUAUUGUAGCAUGGAACGAAGAGGAUCUGGAAAAAUUGCCGAAAAUUGUCGCUAUUUCUCACGAAGCAGGUGUUUCAGACGUAAGGCAGAUAACAGCUCAAGAACUUCUUGAAAAAGAACCGCACUUGAAUAGAAAUGCUCUUGGUGCCGUACAUGUGCCUGGAGAGAGCAUUGUGGAUCCGUGGAGAAUUCCCGUCACGUUGGCAAACUUAGCACUGGCGCAGAACGCAACCAUUUUAACCAACUGUCAUGUGACUGGUGGCAAAAGACAAGGGAAGGAUUGGCAGCUGUCAACAUCUAAAGGGCCAAUCACUGCUUCAAUUGUAGUCAAUUGUGCUGGUUUAUAUGGUGAUGAGCUAGAAACAAUACAUAGACAAAGCCCAUUUACCAUCAAACCACGGAAAGGACAGUAUGCUGUGUUUGACAAGUCCGCAGGCAAACUUUUGAACUCAAUUAUAUUUCCUGUACCUACACCAAAAACUAAAGGGGUUCUUCUUUUUCCUACAGUUUAUGAUAACAUAAUAGUGGGGCCCACAGCAGAAGACCAAUUAGAUCGCUGCAAUGCAGAGAUUGACAGGACAGUCAUUGACACUUUAAUAAAUCGGGCACAGACCAUUCUUCCAUCUCUCAAAGAACAUUCUGUCAUAGGGACAUAUGCAGGUCUGCGGCCUGCAACAGAGUUCAAAGACUACUGCAUUGAGUGUCAACCAGACAAAGCAUGGAUCACAGUGGGUGGCAUUCGGUCAACUGGUUUGUCUGCUUGUCUUGGGAUAGCUAAACAUGUGGCAGCUUUUUUACCUUCUCUUGGUUUUGAAAAUUGUAAUAGUUCACCUGAAAAUGGUUUGACAAGGGCUGAACGAAAAUGGAAAAUAACUCAUCCAAUUGCAAAGUUUGGGUUGUUAACUGGCGAGAAAAUAGACCCUUAAAUUAAAUUUUGUAUAAUUAAUAUAUCACUUUGUUUGACAGCAUGUAUGGGAUCAAUUAGCAGAACUACUGUCGCUGUGGACAUUAGAAGAACAUAGAAAAGGUUCAAUCCCCUAGUCUUUUCAAGCUGAUCAAUUUUCAUGCAAAUAUAAGUUAGAAAUACAAAAUUCAGCUUAGUGAAUCACCAAACCUCAAAAAAUAUUAAUAAAUAAAUUAAAUUUAUUGAAAACAAAUUAUGCAAGGGUGUGAUACUUCCAUUAAUUUUAUAACUAACAUUGAUAAAAUGAUAAUAGAAUGGAAUUAUUUAUCUCUAUAAAUGAAAUUGAUCUGACGUGUUUUAUCAUUAGAACAGAAAAUUAUAUAACCAGACCAUGAAAGUGGUGUUUUCCAAUAGACUUUUCAGCUAUUUCAAAAUUGAAAGUACAUAAUUUGAUUGCUUGCUUUUAGACAAACAUAUAUGUGGAAGACUCUGCAAUAAAUUAAGUGGGUCAUUAUGUAUUUAAAUUAUUUUUCAAGCGUAUAAUUAUUUGUUCUGAUAUAGGGCGAAGAAGCUUCAGGCUUCUUUUCUCUAUUAAGAAUUCUCCAGGCCUUAAUUUUGAGAGUGAAUUCUUACUCUCGUACAUACUUAGAUGAAAUGAGAAAG